GCCUCACAUCUAAUUGCACUCCAAAUUCAAAAAUUUCAUAGUAUUUUGCUUUAAAUAUAUACAAAUACUCUUAAAAAAAAUAUUUUCUAACUUCAAUACCAAACACAAAAAAUAGUAGAAAAGUUGUAGCAAACACACCCCAAAACAGCGCACCAAAUAACGUGGAACCGAGCGAACCACUCAAACCCCCUAUGAAUCAUCUUUGGCUCACUUGCCUUACCAGUAAGUAAUCCAAUGGAGUGCGCUCUAACUUGUUCUUCUUCAGCAAAAAUUGCACUACUCAGUUGUCGCCAAAUGCAAUGUGGAAGUACACGUUCGCCUAAAUUACCGAACAUUUGGAGCGGUUUGCCACGUUUUGGUAGCUCAAGGAGGAAUAAUAGAUCGCUACGUACUGUUGCCUUGAGCACCAGUGCUGGAUUAGGAAGUACUAUGGAUGAAGUUCCUGCAGCCAAUGCUCAAAAUGUUAAUUAUAUGUGGCCUGAUAAAAAGAGGCCAAGGGUCUGCAUAGUAGGUGGUGGAUUUGGAGGUCUUUAUACAGCACUGAGGUUAGAAUCACUUGUUUGGCCUGAUGACAAGAAGCCACAGGUAGUCCUCAUCGAUCAAUCUGAACGUUUCGUUUUUAAGCCAAUGUUGUAUGAACUUCUCUCUGGAGAAGUUGAAGCAUGGGAAAUUGCUCCACAGUUCUCAGACUUGCUUGCCAAUACUGAUGUGCGGUUCUUCAAGGACAGGGUAAAAUGCUUAUAUCCAUGUGACCACUUAGGAACUAAUGCACCUACAGCAGGGACUGUUCAACUGGAAAGCGGUCUCCUCAUUGAAUAUGACUGGUUGGUCCUUGCUAUAGGAGCCGAGGCCAAACUUGAUGUUGUUCCAGGUGCUGCAGAUUAUGCCUUGCCAUUUUAUACCCUGGAGGAUGCUCAUAGGGUUGAUAAAAAGCUAAGGGAAUUAGAGCGUAAGAACUUCGGUAAGGACUCUGCAAUACGAGUAGCAGUGGUUGGAUGUGGUUAUGGUGGAGUUGAGUUAGCUGCCACGAUAUCGGAAAGGUUGCAAGAAAAGGGAAUUGUACAAGCAAUUAAUGUUGAUAAGACGAUCUUGUCAAAUGCUCCAGCAGGAAAUAGGGAAGCAGCACUAAAAGUACUUUCGUCCAGGAAAGUUCAACUCAUACUUGGUUAUUUUGUCCGAUGCAUAACAAAAGGAGUCGAGUCUCAGACCUCUGAUGAUGAAUCUAAAAAUAUGGACUCAGCAGCUGAUCAUUCUGAAAGUCUAAUACUUGAAUUGCAGCCUGCUGAAAGGGGCUUGCAGAGUCAGAUUAUAAGGGCAGAUAUAGUUUUAUGGACUAUUGGAUCUAAACCACUACUUCCUGAGUUGGAACCUAGUGAUAAACCUUACGACAUUCCUCUGAAUGCUAGAGGACAAGCAGAAACUGAUGAAACUCUCCGUGUCAAGGGUCAUCCUCGUAUAUUUGCUGUUGGUGAUUCUUCAACAUUAAGGGACAAAAAUGGGAAGCUGCUUCCGGCUACUGCACAGGUUGCUUUUCAGCAGGCAGAUUUUGCUGGUUGGAAUUUGUGGGCCGCAAUUAAUGACCGCCCAUUGUUGCCUUUUAGGUACCAAAAUUUAGGUGAGAUGAUGACACUUGGGAGGUCCGACGCUGCUGUUUCACCAAGUUUCACUGAUGGGCUGACCUUGGAGGGUUUUGUUGGUCAUACUGCAAGAAAAGUGGCCUAUUUGAUCAGAUUACCAACUGAUCAGCACCGCGUGAAAGUAGGAAUCAGUUGGCUACUGAAAUCCACAGUUGAUUCAGUUGCAACACUACAGACAAUGCUUGCUAAAGCUCAAUCAGGAUCUUAGAUCAAUGGGGUUUUGGUCGGGAACACAACGUUUGACAUUCUGUAUAGUAUUGUUGAGAAAACCGUUUUGAGUCGCAACACUACAGACAAUGCUCGCUAAAGCUCAAAUCAAGAUCUUAGAUUAAUGCAUUUGUUUUUCAUCACAUUAUGGGUGGGCUAAUUACAUUUAUAUUCAUAAUCCUUGUAAAGGAUAGUCAGUGUACAACUUCAGGUGAAAUGAAAACCAGAUUCAAACACAAAA